UAUGGAAAAACACCCCUUAUCCAAUACAUUGGUCCACAAAUUCUCACCAAAAAAUCAAAAAAAGGAAAAAUAAAACAAGAAAUGGAAAAGAAUGUAGAGAAGUGAGAACCACAAGCACAUAAUCUUCUUGUUGUAUCUCACCAAACGUCCAUUCCAAUGGCAUUCAGCCUCUCCUCCAUCCCAUUUUCAAGGCCAAUCAGCAGCCUAAGGAGCCAAGUUCUGGUCACAAAGUGUGAGUUGAACGAAGCUUCAAAUUUGAGUGCAAAGGAGUCGAGACUUGAAAUUGGGUCUCCCAUUAUUGUGGUUGAGGCUCCUCAGCUGCUCAAGACUGCCGCUUCCGUCCCUUGUUUGCGUGCUAACGCGGGCUUAGUUAAGCCCGGUGAUGUCGGGAGGAUUGUUUCGAGAAAGCCUAAGGAUGUGUGGGCAGUUCGUCUUAGUAUUGGUACUUAUCUUAUAGACGGAAAGUACUUCAAGCCCUUGGAACUUGAUGAUUAACUCAUAAGUUUCAUACGGCAAUGUACAAAUAUUUUUAAAUAUAUGGACUUCAGUGAAUCACAAUGUAGAUAAUUAGGGUUUUGGAGAUUGAUUUUUUUUUUUUUUCUACUUAAGCUGAUUUUAAUUUUAAUUUUCGAUUAUGCAAAGCAAUUGCUUUGUUCCCUCUCCCAGACAAUCAUUUGAAAUUAUUGUGGUGUGUAUUACAUUUACACUUUUACCAUUUUGUAAAUGUAUCAGUUGUUGAUAUUUCGUCAAAA